CAACAGUUAUAUCUAUUUCCAUUGAUUGUAAUAUUAUGCAAGUUGAAUGACAAUGUUUAUUUAUCAAAUAUUCUAUCAGAAAAAUUAAUAAUUUAAAAUUAAAACCAUUUAAGAUAUAGUUCUUAAAAUUCUACAUUUUCUCAAUUUUUUGCCACUUUCUGAUUAUUGUUUAUCACAGAUUGUAUUGUAACACGUGAAGGUAUCAUUUGAUUUCAUUAUCGCAGUCAUGGAAAGUGAUGAUCAAGAACAAGUUUUUGAUAAUGAAAAAUUUAAUGGUAUACACGUAAAUGAGAGUGAUAACAGUUUGAGAGAGAAGGUUUUGUCAAUAAGAAGUGAGGAAAGCAUUUUUAAUGAAGCAUCAAAAGAAAUUGAUAAUUUCAUGAAAUCAAAUAUAAAAACAAAAAAGGAUUCAAAAGAAAUAAACAAUGAUAAUGGAACUGGUACUAUAGAUUGUUCAGGACAAAAAGAAUUAGAAAAACAAGUUCAAACUGGAGAGAUUACACCCUUUCAAGCAAUUGAAAAACGGUUUGAUUUAUUAAAAACUAAAGGGACAUUUAAUAAAUCCUCUCAUUUACUUGAUCUUGAAAAAUACCUUCGACAGCAGGCUGAACUUGCCAAACAAAGAAAACGUUUGAAAGAAAAUUCAAAAGCAUCUGAGUAUACUAGUAAUAAAGCAAUAACAAUUAAAAAAUCAAAAUUAUUAAAUACUCAUCCUAAAGAAUUUAAAAUAGUAAAAAAAAAAAAAAUCAAACCUAAUAAGAAGAAAUUAGUUUCUGAAUUUGAAACAUCAAAAGGCUUAAAUAAAAACAAUGACAUUAAUUAUGAAACAGAAGAUAGUAAGUUUAAUCAAGUUGAGAAUUCUACCAAAGAGGCUAAACAUUCAAAAAAUGAAUUCAUUUCCUGUAAUAGUUCCAAAGAUAAUACUAAAGAGACAUUGAUUGAAAAUACAACAAACGUUAAAUUUGCAGAUAUAACUAAUGAUUCUGAAAGUGAAUAUGUACCGAGUGAUGAACAAAUAGAUUCAGCAGAUGAAGGAAAAUCAUGUAAAAAGAGAAAAUCUCUUACCAAAUCUGUUCAUUCAAAAAGAGUUUUGGAUGAUGGAAAUGAAGAGAUGUAUAGAGAAAGAGUAGAGAAAAGUGGUUAUCCAAAGGAUGAACCAUUACACAAAAUAGAUAAUUUAUUUAAAAUCCCUCAAUCUAUAUGGAAAAAGUUAUAUAAAUAUCAGAAAGUGUCUGUACAAUGGUUGUGGGAACUGCAUCUUCGUGGCUUAGGAGGGUUACUAGGUGAUGAAAUGGGUUUGGGAAAGACUGUUCAAGUAAUUGCAUUUCUUGCAGGUUUAGAUUGUAGUGAAUUACUGUCAGAUGGUGGAAGGUUCAGAGGUUUGGGACCAACUAUAAUUGUUUGUCCAGCUACUCUAAUGGAACAAUGGGUAAAGCAUUUUCAUGAAUGGUGGCCUAUUUUAAGAGUGGCUGUUCUACAUCAAUGUGGAACUUAUAAUGGUAAUUUGGAGUAUUUAAUGCACUCUUUAAAAUCUGGUGGUGUAUUAAUUACUUCUUAUUCUGGUAUGCUUAUACAUAAAAAUUUACUUGUAACCAGUCAAUGGCACUAUGUCAUACUUGAUGAAGGUCACAAAAUAAGAAAUCCACAAGCAAAGAUCAGUAAAGCAGUAAAGGAAUUCUCUACACCACAUCGACUUUUGUUAACGGGUAGCCCUAUGCAAAACUCCUUAAAAGAACUAUGGUCCCUUUUUGAUUUUAUUCUACCUGGCAAGUUAGGCACUUUACCUGCAUUUUUAGAGCAUUGUGCAACCCCUAUAACUCGUGGAGGAUAUACAAAUGCUUCUCCUUUGCAAGAAGCUAUCGCGCUUCAGGUCGCUACAAUGCUUAGAGAUACUAUUACACCGUAUAUGCUCCGAAGAACAAAAAAUGAUGUACAACAUCAUCUUAGUCUACCAGAAAAGAAUGAACAGGUACUGUUUUGCAGUUUAACAGAAGAACAAAAGGAACUAUAUAAAGAAUAUUUGCGUUCUGCAGAUGUUAGUUUCAUUUUGCAUGAAAAGAGUAAUUCAGUAAGCAGAAGAUACAGGGCUCGCCUCCUCAUAGCAUUAUCAGUGCUUAGGAAGAUAUGUAAUCAUCCUGAUUUGUUUCUUUAUACAAAUCCAGUUGAUUCAGAUGAAGACAUUGAUGUAUCAAAUGAAGCAUUGGAGAAAUUUGGAUACUGGAAGCGCUCUGGUAAAAUGAUAGUGGUUCGGUCCCUUCUUAAAAUUUGGAAGAAACAGGGACAUAGAGUACUUCUUUUUACUCAAGGGAGACAAAUGAUGCAUGUUUUAGAAUCUCUAGUACAAAGCGAAGAAUAUUCUUAUUUAAGAAUGGAUGGAAUUACUUCUAUGUCACAACGACAAGAAACAAUUCGUUUAUUUAAUAAGGAUCCAUCAUAUUUUGUGUUUUUGUUAACUACGCGUGUUGGAGGUCUGGGAGUAAAUUUGACUGGAGCAAAUCGAGUAGUUAUUUAUGAUCCGGAUUGGAAUCCAGCAACUGAUGCUCAAGCAAGAGCACGUGCAUGGAGAAUUGGACAAAACAAAAAAGUUACCAUUUAUAGACUUAUUACUGCUGGUACUAUUGAAGAAAAGAUGUAUCACAGACAAAUAUUUAAAAUACUUCUUGCAAAUAAGGUUUUAGAAGAUCCACGUCAACAUAGAUUAUUUAAAACUUCCGAUUUAGUUGAACUUUUUAAUUUUAAUGAAUCUAUCGAUAAUAAUUCUAGUGAAAUAGAUCAGUUAUUCGGACAAUCUAGACUAGUUUCUUCGUCUACCAAAUUUUCAUCUAAUAAAAUUGAAAAAAUGCGAAAAUUAGCAUCUACACUUAGUAAAAAUAUAAGUCAAAAUACCUCAAACUCUACACCUGUAAUACAAAUAGCACACGCUACGGAGAAUCAUUAUGUUUCAAGUUGCCAUAAUAAUAAUAUUGAUCAAGAUAUUUUAAAACACAAUUAUGAAAUGUUCAAGGAUAAUUUAACAAAAGAAGGUAUUAAAAACGAGAGUAAUCUUCAUAAAAAAAAUGAAGAUAUACUUUCUUCUGCAAAUCAAGAAAGUACUAAUGACAACAAAAUCCAAAAUAAAAUUUCAAAAAAUAUUGAAUACAAUGCAGACAACAUCUUAAAUAAUAAACUGGAAAAUGAAGAUCAUGCAUUAACAAGUAGAUCAAAUUCUGAUGUUAAAAUACAUGAAACAUCAAAUAAGAAGGCUACUGUACAAUGUCUAUCUAAUGAUACUAAGGUAACUGAAAUUUUAGAUAGAAGUAACGAAACAGUAACAUGUAAUGUGAAUAUGAAUGAAGAUACGUUGUCAAAAUUAAAUAAAAAUCGUUGUAAAGGAAAAAGAAAAAGACGAUUAGAAGAGCAUGCUAUCUCAGCUCUAUUUGAAGGAGAACGUGUCUCACAUUUAAUUGGACGACGUCUUGAACGUUCUCUGACAGACGAACCUAAACUAAUUGAAGAUGAUCAAUACGUCUUAGAAAAAUUAUUUGCCAAAGCGAGCGUGACUUCUGCUUUUCAACACGAAACAGUAUUAUCAAAUUCAGAAUAUAAUUCUGAUGACAAAAAUCCAAUGCAACGAUUAGCGCGCGAAACAGCGCAAGAAAAUAUGGACAGUAUUCGUAAAUCUCGUAAAUGGUGUUGGAAACCCAUGUGGAAUUCUAUGUCACCAAAAAAUUACUGAUUUUUAUAUAUGUAUAUAAGUAAUUAACAUUUAGUUUAUAUAAUUUAUUGAAAGUGAUUCUUUAUUCAGUGAUCUUAAAUUUUCCAAUUAAACAAACAAAUAAAUUUCCUUAAUAUUGAUCUAAAUUUAUGUUUACAGAAAAAUAACACUUUUUUGAAACUAAGUCAAGUAUAUAAGUACAACUCAAUGAACAUUUAUGAACUUGAAGUAUUUUUCCAAAACCUUAUAUUAAAACAAUCUUUUUUGUAUUUCCAUUGUAAAUUAAUUUCUAUUUUUUUAAUUGUGUAUAAAAUAUUGCAUUAAUAUAUAAUCAUUUAUUAAUUAAAUAUUAGACUAUUUUUGUAUAUUAAAUAUAAUGAUAUAUUAUUUUAUAAUGUAUUAUUUCAAUGGUUUAGAAACAAUAUCUUUUUCAUUUUACUAUUUUUAAGCAUACAAUAAUUUCACCCCACUAUAUUACCUAUACGAAAUAAUUUAUAUCUUAGGCACUUACAUGUAAAAGAUAAAUUGGAAAAUAAUUGACAGAUGUAAAUAUUUUUACAAUAAAAAAAUGCUGCUCUCUUCUGUCAA